UUCUUGAAAAUCGUCACUCAAAAAUUAUCCAGAGAAGAUUAAUUGCAUACUAAGAUCGUUGACCCUUAAAGAAUCGAAGGUAAGGAACGGGAAAAUUACAUUUUCUAAUGUCUUUUGAAUGAAAUCGAGCUGUUUAAUUGCCCGAACAAGUCACGAAUUUGUUCAGUCGGAUCAAUUUUCGUUUACCAAAACGCGGCUCCUUUUAGCUUUCGGGAGACCAUCACCAGCUAAAGUUUAAUUUUAACCUUGCUUGAUUUCAGGGACAUGGGGUGCUGCUUAGACUUCGAAAUCGUGGGAAAAGCAGUCUGUAUUAUUCUAUUAAUACUACAGGGCGCCAUUUUGGAUGUUUAUCUUGUCGAACAUCAUGAUACAAACUCGCUGGGAUUCGUCGCAACUGAUAUCAUCGUUGUUGCUAUUUGGAUUGGAGUUAUGUUCCUAGCUAAAAGAAAAUUCCUUUCCAAGUUGAAAAAGGUUCGAAGAAGAUUCAAAAAGGAGAAGGUCGACGGCCGUGAUAAAGACCCAGGAGAUUACGCAGACGAGAUUCCGUAUGUUUUCAUCGCGUGGUUUGCCUAUGUAGCGAUCACCCUGGUACCUGAAGUAGCGGUGAUUUUUAAACGCUUCGCAGAUCAGCUUGGCGAUGCUAAGGUAUUUGGUCAGAAUAUACUUAAGAUUGCACUGUGUAUCACGCCAAUGCUGUUCCUUCUGCUGGUGAAUUCACACCACGAUUCUAAACCCUAUUCUCAAAGAAAAGUCUACAUUGACAAGGUCUCUGCUGGAGUAACACUGGAUCUCCUCGACAGCAUCGACAUCUUGGAAAUCUUGUUCAUGGAUGACAUAGAGCUGAAACUUCCAGUUGGACUGGAAAAUGCUAUCAUUGUUUUUGCAUGCAUCAACUUUUUUCUACCAACUCUUGCAUUACUAGAAUUAAGUGCUAUUGUCAAAGGUCAAGUUCGCUCUGCCUCCUUCAAGGUCAUGUACUCAAUUUCCUAUAUUCUUUUGAUCAAUAUUCCUUUAGGAGCGAUUAGAAUUAUUCUUUGGACACAAUACAAUCAAGAUGUGUCGGUUUUUAUCGGCAAGAAUGCCAUUGCUUCGGCCAUUUAUGCCUUUGAUAUUUAUGAAUCCUUGGGACCUGAGAAACCAAAACAGUGUCCUACUUGUGAAAAGCAUUUUGCACCAGAUGCGAUUGAU